UGACAUUUAAAUAUUUAUAGAUAGUACACAUUUAAAAGUAAACAAACACGUUACAAACUUGCUUUCACAUUUUGUAUUUUGAAUCCGAUUUAAGUUAAACAUAAACAUUUUCAUCGAUACAUGUCCUUGUAAUCAUGUGCCUUAAAAGUUUGAAAAAUCGAGAUAUGUUAGCAAUUUCCGUAACUUCCUCUUUUACAUGUUCGAUGUCGAUUAUUAAUAUGACUCAACCUGUGUCAAGGUGACUUAAAGAAAAACAACCAAAAUGGCACAAUCCGCUUCGAAGUCCUGCGACAUCUGUAUGAGUGGACCAGGGCGUAACUAUUGUAAACAAUGCGAUCAAUGGAUGUGUGAAAAUUGUAAAACUUUACAUUUAAGGUCAAAAAUAUGUAGAAAUCAUUCUUUCCUCAGUGAGUCAAAAAUCGUCCCGGAAGAAAGCCCGUUAUGCAAAGAACACAACGAAAACUUCAUAUUCUACUGCGUUGACUGUGGCAUACCAAUCUGUAAAAUGUGUAUCGUCAAAAAUCACAAAAAUCAUUAUACGUCUGAAAUCAACGAAUCGACACAGGAAUUACAGGUUGAAGUGAAAAAGUUCAUGGACUCACGGAUUAAAUGUGUCAAAACAAAUCUAGACAAAAUUGAACAAGGCACAGUAAAGUACCAGAGCGACAUAAACGAAGCUAUUUGCGUUAUUACAGAAGAUGGGAAACAGAUGAAGCAGUGGAUUGACCAGAAAGUGAAAGCCCUCAUAACAUCAUUGGAAGAAAAAGGGACAGCAAACCUGAAGGCCUUAUCAUUAAUUAGAACUGAUUUUCAAAAUGAUUUAGAAAAGUUCCAGAAAUGUCAGACUGCCUUUACCGAGAGCCAGAAACUUGCCGAUGUAACUAAACUUCUGACACAACUGAAACAUAUUAAAUCAGAGUUAGACAUUGCAGGUGAAAAACAGUCACCAGUCAUGUCGACAGUAAAAUAUUACAAAAAGAAUGUAUCAGAACGAGAAAUAUUCAUUCUAUUUGGAGACCUAUCAUUCCGAAAACAGUCAGAAAAGACACUGUUCAGAUACCAAUGUGACCAUUGUUGGGAAGAAAGACUUUCUGAAAACAACCCUACAAGUUGGCCAAUACAUGGACGAUUUUUCAUGUGCAAAAACUGUCGAUUUCUAAGGUGGUUUUUUCUCAAAGAAGAGAAGUAACAGAAAACUUAAGAAACAACGCAUAUAUACAUAACAAUUAAAUUCAUUAUUCUAUUUCGACUAUGCUGAAAAUGCUGAUCAAUUUGAUGGCAUUUGAAUCUUUAUUGUAGUAUAUCUUUGUACAAGCUUCACAAACACUGUUUAAUCAUGCAAUACAUUUGACUUGUUUAGUCUCAAUCGGUUAUCAACUAUUUCCCAUUGAGAGACAUUUAAAACGUUUAAAACUAUUAUUUUGACGUAAUAAAUGAUAACAAUUUA